ACCUUUCCGUUUGAGUGAGGGGCGGGAUCUCCCGAAGUUACACAGUCGGUUCUUCCCGAUCCGGACUGUAACCUCCCGCAAGUGCACGGAGGAGCUCCCGCCACAGCAGCAGAUGAUCUACCAUUGUUACCUUCUUUGUGGGACCAUGCAGUGUCCUCGUUCUUUGUCCCCGGUGAGGAUAUGGGUAAGGAAGAAGGGUCUGCUCCCCCAAACAGACGGAUUCCUUAAGAAACGUACAUACCAUUCUCUGCACAACAAAUCCUCUUGCACGUCUCGUGGAUUUUUUGAGCGGUUUACAUCCCGGCGUUGUAUGAGUGAGGCAGCAAAAGAUCCAAUUCAGCAGCACCGUCAGCGUCUGUCUGCGUGGUUCAGCUGUUUACCCAAUGAGGAGCGCCAUUUUGGACCUUCUUUUGCACUGGAUUCCAUCCAUGUAGACCCAGUUAUCCGUGAAAGCACCUUGGAUGAGAUUCUGCGCCCUGAAUCUGAUAUCUCCUUGCGGAGCCCUGUGUGCCGAAGUAGUGUUUCUGUCUCACAGUUGUUUCAGGCAGAUGCCUCUGGGCAGCCUGUCCGCAAUGUGGUGCUGUAUGGCACUGUGGGCACAGGUAAAAGUACCUUAAUCCGGAAGCUGGUUCUAGACUGGUGCAAUGGACGGAGGAAUGAGUUCCAGUUGAUAAUCCCUUUGUCGUGUGAGGAUCUGUCUCAGGUUACUGUACCGGUAUCAUUGUCCCGUCUAAUCUCAAAGAAAUACCACCACCUGCGGGAAAUGUUACCGUCACUUUCUGUGUAUCCUGGUGUGCUGUUCAUACUGAACAGUCUGGAGUGGAUGAACUUAGAUUUCAGGAUGGCCAGUACAGAGCUGUGUAGUGACCCAAACGAACCUCUUCCGCCUUCAGCUAUCUUGGUGAAUUUGCUGAGAGGGUACCUCCUUCCAGAGGCUUGUGUACUAGUUACCACUCGUCCUUCUGCAUUGAAUCGCAUCCCUGGAAAGUACGUAGGGCGCUAUGCUGAGAUUUGUGGCUUUUUAGACACGGAGCUACAGAAGAUGUACUUCCAUGUACGACUGGGACGCGGUGAUGCAGAUCCACGGGAGACGGAGAACUUGGCCGAAAUGUUAUCUCGCAACUUAGAACACCACAGUCAGCUAUCUGCAGCCUGUUUCUUACCUUCCUAUUGCUGGUUAACCUGUGCCACAUUACAUCUGCUCUACUAUACUAAGCCUGGCGAGCCUGUAAGGACUUUGACUAGUAUAUACACCAGCUUCCUGCGUCUGAACUUUGCAGGUGAGGUCCUGGACAUCACGCACCCCACUAAGAUCUCCCUUAUGCGCUACGUUGCACGCACUGUGGGAAAGCUGGCCUACGAGGGUUGCCGCUCCCGUCGUAUUCGCUUCACAGAAGCAGACCUUGCCCGCUGUUUUCAUGUGGAAUUGAAUAGCGAGGAGGAAGUAAAUCUUCUCAAUGUCUUCCGCUCUGACGCUUUCCGUUUCUUUAUAACGCCUUGUGUCCAGCCAGGCCGUGAGAACUUUUUUGUGUUCACAAUACCUGCGAUGCAGGAAUAUCUUGCUGCACUCUACGUAGUGCUGGGAGAGAACAAAACCACUCUGCAACGUCUCGGGAAAGAGGUCUCUGAGAUAAUUAGCAAGGCCGGAGAGGAUGUGGUCGCGGUUGUCAAUGUCCUGUCAAAGUUCCUCCCUCUGCGAGUGUUUGCACUUUUCAAUUUAUUACGCGUUGUUCCGAGGCUGUUUGGCAGAGUUACCGGGCAAAGCCGAGAGAACAUUGCCCAAACAAUGACCGUGGAAAUGUUCAGGGAGGAGGAUUCUUAUAAUGAUGACGUACUAGAUCAAAUAAAUUCUAGCAUCCUAGGUGUGGAGGGUCCAUCACCACUCUUUGUCGAAGAAGAAGUUGGCAAGCCGGAGGCAUUUGAGUUGUUCCCUAUUUUUAUGGCUGGAUUGCUGUCUCGUCAGAAUCGAGCCUUGUUAGAUCAGCUGGGCUGUUCCAUCAUGAACCUGUCGGCACUUGAGAUUACACGGGCUCUCAAAAAGCAUCUUUUACGCUGCAGUUUAAAGAGGCUGCCUCCCUCUGAGCUCAUGGACUUUCUGUUCUUCUUGUAUGAGUUUCAGAAUGAGGGGUUCACUGCCGGAUUGGUAACUUCGCUGCAGGAUCUUGACCUGUCCACCGUGCGUAUGACACCCCUUAAGUGCACUGUUGUAGCUACAGUAAUGGGUGGCAUCAAAAAGCCUCUGUUUGAGGCAAACCUCAGUUCAUGCCACCUGGAUCCAGAUGCCAUCCGCACGUUGACCACUGUACUACGAAAGUGCCAGACUGUAAAUUUGCAGAUGAACGCGUUGGGACCAGACUCCUGCAGGGAAUUGAAAGAGGUUCUGUUACAUCCAGACUGCGCUAUUACCAAUCUGCGAUUGUGUAAUAAUCCUCUAAAACCAGAGGGCGCUCGCUUGCUGGCAGAGGCGCUAGCAGGAAACCGUUCCCUCACACACCUAUCCCUUCUGCACACGGAUUUGGGGGAUGAAGGGGCAGAGGUGCUGGCUUCACACCUGGGGGAAAACCAACACCUGCAGGAACUGAACCUGGCCUACAAUGGGAUCCAUGACAAGGCUGCUCUGAGGCUCGGGGAGGAAGCUGCACGCCACCCUACGCUCGGCAGAGUCCAUCUGUAUUUUAAUGAGCUGUCGGACAGCGGACUCCGUGAUCUGCAGUCUCUUGGCGAUGUUCGGGUGCUGGUUUCUCUCACGGAAGGGGCUGAUGCCUCCCGUCACUGGGCUCUGAUUCUUCGAGAACUACGGGCCAAUGCGGGUGGAUGGAACCAUGAGAAAAUCAGUGCUCAUCUCACUCUGCUCCUGCGAGACCUCCAGAGUAGCCGGGCGCUGACGGGAAACCUGUUCCGCAAGGCACGCAUCCUGCGCGUCGAGAGAAAAGUCAAAAGCAUGCUAAGUCGCAUUCAGCAAGGCCUGCUCUGAUGAUAUUUCUUUUGGAGUCUUUUCAUAACACGGUUUUGAUGGCACUUUUCUAUUGUCCUUCCUCUAGUUGUACAUGCACAAAGCUGUUAUUGCACUUCAGUAAUUAUGCUUUUUGGAAACUACUACACCCUUUGUUUACAAGUGCAAGAGGUCAUCUGCUGCAUGGAGCUAGAACUGAGGUACGGGAGAACACAGUGUGGUUCCGUGCCUCGCGUGCACAUAUUCUGAAGAAAUAAAAAGACCUUUUUUUAUUGCAUAAAA